AAGUAGUAAAGUCUUGAGCAAAGAAAUUAAACUGGGGACAAUGGAGAUGGAGAUGCAAGAGGAGCUUCAAAUAGUCCCGAUGAUGGUUAAGGAUGUGGAGGCGCAAUUUGUAGAGAUCAUGGUGCCGCUUUAUUCUUAUGGAUGCGGCAAAAAGAUCAAGAAAGCCUUGGCUCAUUUCAAAGGUAUUUACUCGGUAAAUGUGGAUUAUGAUCAGCAAAAGGUGACUGUAUGGGGCAUUUGCAACAAGAAGGAUGUGCUAUCCACCAUUAGAGCCAAGAGAAAAGGAGCUCGAUUCUGGAAGCAGCAGCAGGAUGGCAUUAAUGGCGCUGGGCUCCAAAUCCAAUCACACACAGCACCACCUUCUCCUCUUAGUAUCAUCAAGGGACAUACAUCUUUCUCCAUAAACUGGAAAGCCGCGUGGAAGAAGGUCUUCAACAGAUCAUAUUCCUUCUAAUUUGCUGUGAAUUAAUCGAUCAUGGGAGCCAUAUAUAAUGCAAACAUUAAUUGUUUUUUUUUUAUUAUCGAGGGUAGCAACUAGCAAGCUAGGUACUUGUUUGGAUGUUGGAUAUUUUUCUAAGUAAUCUUCAUAAAUUUAUAAUUAGCAUCAUUGGAAUUGAAGGAG